AUGUUACUUAUUCGACAAUCACCAACAUUUCGUGUUUGGACAAGUCAAGCAUUAAUGUUAUAUUUUCGUCGAGCAUUACUUUUUCUUAUUGUUAGUCAACAUCAAAAUAUGAAUAAUAAUAAUAAUCAUUGUUUAUUACAACAACAACAACAACAACAACCAAUAGUUUAUUUUAAUGAUGCUAAAGAUGAUGAAGAUCUAUCAAUGAUCGAUGAAAAGAAACAAAUUAAAAAAUCAUUACAUGAUCAAAAUCAAAAUCAUUCUGAUAGAUUACAAAUAAGUUCAUCAAAACGUAAUUUAUUAAAAGAAUAUAUUUUAAAAAGAUUAUCUAAAGGUUUAAAUAAUUCAAUGAUAAAAUCCAUAGAAAAACAAAAACAAACUUCUCCAUUAGUCAAAUCAAUUAAUGAAUCUUCUACAAGUCAAUCAUCACAAAUAUUCAAUUCAAUAGACUUGUCAGUUACAAAACAAUUUGAAUUAUCGAAAUUAAAUUCAUUUCAAUCGUCUAAUUCAAUUUCAAUAAAAUCUAUAAAUAAUACAAACAUUCAUGGAUAUAAAAUACAUCAUGAUUCUGCCAAUCAAUAUCAAACAAAUCCUUUAUUUUCAUCAUGUCAACCAACUUCUAUUGAUCAUCAUAAUCAAGUUAAUAUUUUCCCAUCAUAUAAUCCUCAUUUUAAUUAUACAAAUCCAAUAGCAUUCUAUCCGGUUAGUCUUAUCCAUGAAAAAAUAAAAAUAAAAAAUAAAGACCCAUUAUAUUUAAAUCUACAGUCUUGUCCAUCUUGUCAAUUAACAUUAUCUCUAUGUGACUCAUCUAAUGAUGAUAUUCUAUCGUCUACAUCAUCAAAUCAAUCAUUAAUAUCAAAAUCAUCUGAUGAAAACUCAUCAAUUUUAAAUCAACAAAAUCAUUCUGAAUUAUUUGAUAAUACAAAUGAUAUUUAUAAAAAAUAUCAAACUUCAUUUUCACAUGUUCUUCAUCAAACAAAAAGUCUUCAUACAAUACGAAAAGAAGAUAAACUACAAUCUAUGUUAAUACUUGAACCAAAUACAUCGAUUAUUACUGUUCGUCAAUUAACAUAUCAUCAUCAAUUAAAUUCAAAUAAUAUUAAUCAUACAAUCACAACAAAUUAUAUAUGUGUUCGAUUAAUUGCUCAUCAAACGAAUUUAACAAUUCAAUGUGAUACUAAACCAAUGAAAUGUCAACAAACACUUAGUUGUUUACCUAUGAAAUAUAUACAAAAACCAUUGAUAGAGCAUUUCACCAAACCAACAUCGACUAAUAGCGAACAACAAUCAUUAAAAUUUUUCAAUAAAAACUUUGAAGCAAUUUCAAUUUUGUAA